CGGAAGCGGCUCUCCCGGCUGCGGGCGCCGCGCGGUCCGGAGGCCGGCGCGGAGGCGAGGACGCCGGGCCACAUGGCGGAGCCCGGCGAGGGCCCCCGGGCGGGGCCGGGGGAGGCGGCCGAGCCCCCCGGGGACGAGGCCUUCCCGCUGUCCUCGCUGGCCAACCUGUUCGAGGGCGAGGAGGGCUCGCCGUCGCCCUCGCCGCCCGCGGCCGCGCGCCCGGCGGGCACCGGGGACGGGCGGCCAAACCUGCGCAUGAAGUUCCAGGGCGCCUUCCGCAAGGGGGUGCCCAACCCCAUCGACCUGCUGGAGUCCACGCUGUACGAGUCCGCGGUGGCGCCCGGGCCCAAGAAGGCGCCCAUGGACUCGCUCUUCGACUACGGCACCUACCGCCACCACCCCAGCGACAACAAGCGCUGGAGGAGGAGGGCGCUCGAGAAGCAGCCGCAGAGCCCCAAGGCUCCGGCGCCCCAGCCGCCCCCCGUCCUCAAGGUCUUCAACCGGCCCAUCCUGUUCGACAUCGUGUCCCGGGGCUCCACGGCGGGCCUGGACGGGCUGCUCCCCUACCUGCUCACCCACAAGAAGCGCCUGACGGACGAGGAGUUCCGGGAGCCCUCCACGGGGAAGACCUGCCUGCCCAAGGCCCUGCUGAACCUCAGCAACGGCCGCAACGACACCAUCCCGCUGCUGCUGGACAUCGCCGCGCGCACCGGCAACACGCGCGAGUUCGUCAACUCGCCCUUCCGGGACAUCUACUACCGAGGCCAGACGGCGCUGCACAUCGCCAUCGAGCGCCGCUGCAAGCACUACGUGGAGCUGCUGGUGGCGCAGGGCGCCGACGUGCACGCCCAGGCCCGCGGCCGCUUCUUCCAGCCCAAGGACGAGGGCGGCUACUUCUACUUCGGCGAGCUGCCCCUGUCGCUGGCCGCCUGCACCAACCAGCCGCACAUCGUGCACUACCUGACGGAGAACCCGCACAAGCAGGCGGACAUGCGGCGGCAGGACUCGCGCGGCAACACCGUGCUGCACGCGCUGGUGGCCAUCGCCGACAACACCCGCGAGAACACCAAGUUCGUCACCAAGAUGUACGACCUGCUGCUGCUCAAGUGCGCCCGGCUCUUCCCCGACAGCAACCUGGAGGCCGUGCUCAACAACGACGGGCUCUCGCCCCUCAUGAUGGCCGCCAAGACCGGCAAGAUCGGGAUCUUCCAGCACAUCAUCCGCCGGGAGGUGACGGACGAGGACACCAGGCACCUGUCCCGCAAGUUCAAGGACUGGGCCUACGGCCCCGUGUACUCCUCGCUCUACGACCUCUCCUCCCUGGACACGUGUGGGGAGGAGGCCUCUGUGCUGGAGAUCCUGGUGUACAACAGCAAGAUUGAGGUGGGCGCGGGGCGGGGGCGGGGAGCCGGGGGC